UAGGAGGAGAGAUAAAUGUGUACCCAAACUCUCUCUCCUCCCGUGAAAUGGAGUCACUCACUACCAUUUGUGACACCUUCUUGCCUUUCAUCGAUGUCUCCGAUGCCACCACCGCUAAUGCGUCACUCAUCGCCUUUUACCGGACUUCAGCUUCCCUGGCAGGAACACCACAACGAGUUGGGGGAUUGAUAAGUGUGAGGCUGAAACACCCAAAGUUGUGGUUGAUGCGAUUAGCAUUGUGGCUUUUGUCAACAUGGUUAGGGAGCUUCAUACUGUGUGGGAGAGGAAGCCUUUCAAGCCAAUUCCCUUACCUUCAGAGCUUUCCUCAAGUGUCUCAGCAGAACCGGGAAGAGAUUGUCCUGUCAUGGUCUCUAAGUUAUUUUUCUCUCCUUAGGAUGGUCUUCAAGACCAUGAAGCUUCUUACUCUCCUUGUCUUCUUCACUCAGGUGAACGAGAAGAACCAAAAUCCAUCUUGGAAAGCAAUUGGCUACACUGGACCCGACCCCAAGUUCAUUGCCAAAACCAUGAAAUUCAAAGCAUGAACAGAAAUUCGAGAACAAAAUCAAUUUCCUGACAACAAAGAAGAGCUCUUUGGACCUCUUUUCAGAGGAAUUAUAAAUAUGAAAAAACAAAAUUUAGUUGCUGAUAUAAGUAGAUUUGGAGUUCCAGCCUUUGUUCAUCACUCUUUAACUAUCCGAUGUGAUGCCGUAGUAAUUGGCACAGGCUUAGGAGGAGGUGUUGUUGCUGGUGUUCUAGCAAAGGAUGGCUACAAAGUGGUUGUCUUAGAGAAAGGACACUACCAUGCCAGGCACAAUCUUACACUUCUUGAAGGGCCCACAAUGGAUCAAAUGUACCUGUCUGGGGGUUUAAUUGCAACUGAUGACACGUGAGUUUUUGUUCUGGCCGGCUCUACAGUUGGGGGAGGCUCCACCGUGAACCGGUCCGCUUCGGUUCGAACACCAGUGCAUGUAUUGAAGGAAUGGUGCAAUGCUCAUAAGUUAGAACUGUUUGAUAGUAAGCUAUACCAACUAGCAUUGGAUGUCGUCUGUGAAAGAAUGGGAGUUCAAUCUGAAAUACAAGAAGAAGGGUUCAACAAUGCAGUUUUGAGAAAAGGGUGCCAAGAGUUGAGGUAUCCAAUGGAAAAUAUUCCUCGAAACUCAACGCCGGGUCAUUAUUGUGGUUGGUGUUGUCUUGGCUACAAGGAUGGAAGGAAAAGAGGUGCCACGGAGACGUGGUUUGUGGAUUUGGUGAAUUCUGGUAACGGUGCGAUUUUUUCUGGAUGCGAGGCUGUAAAAGCGUUGCACAAGAGAAAUAAAGGAAGAGGACAUAGAAACACAGCUACUGGGGUGGCAUUCAAAUUCGAGCAUGAAGGGGGUAGAAAUAUAGGUUUCGUGGAGUCUAAGGUAACUAUUGUUGCUUGUGGAGCUCUCAGCACUCCAAAACUGUUAAAGCGAAGCGAAUUGAAGAAUGGUAAUAUAGGGAAAAACUUGCAUUUGCAUUCGGUGGCAAUGACAUGGGGACACUUUCCAGAUUCAUAAGUGUUUGAUGGAAGGCUUCCGAGAGAGAAGAAAAGCUUCGAAGGAGGGAUACUGACAGCAAUGUCUACUGUUGUAGCGGAUUUCGAUGGGUCUGGAUAUGGAGCUGUGAUACAGACGCCAACUUUGCAUCCGGGUAUGUUAUCAAUUGUAAUUCCUUGGGUUUCAGGCAAAGAUACAAAACGGAGAAUGAGCAUGUUCUCUAGGACUGCCCAUGUAUUUGCAUUGGUAAGAGAUAAAGGGUCAGGAACUGUGAAUGCACCACCAAACUCAGUCAGUUAUGAAAUGGAAGCUAUUGACGAACAUAAUCUGAACACAGGGCUAGAGAAGUCGUUGAGGAUACUGGCAGCGGCCGGAGCUGAAGAGAUUGGAACCCAUCAUUUUAAAGGGAAAAGCUUAGCUGUGAAGAAGGCAAGUUUGGAUGAGUUUGAGAGGUUUGUAAAAGAGGAGAGUUCAAGGUCAUUAAGAGACCUUUCCUCGGCCAUAUGUUUAGCUUAUCAGAUGGGGAGCUGCAGGAUGGGUGUUGACGCGAAGGGGUCCGUGGUGAAUCAAAUGGGAGAGACAUGGGAGGUGGAGAGACUUUUUUUGGCAGAUACAAGUGUUUUUCCAACGGCUUUAGGAGUGAAUCCAAUGGUCACUGUUCAGGCUAUUGCUUACUGCACUGCCCAAUCUGUUCUUGAAGUACUUAGGAAAAAUAAGUUAGAUAAUACUUGA